AUGGAAGCCAUUCUUCGCUGGUUUCAAGGUCUCUCUUCAUCAUCUUCUUCUUCUUACGCUGCUCACCGUGCUAUUUCACAAAGCGACGUCGUUCAACAGCCACCAUCAUCGGCAAGUACUGAUGAGCAGCAGGAGGAGGAGUUGAUAAUCACGGUGGAGUUGGACAUGAGUGGGUUGAAGCCCAUCAAGGUGCCUGAAAGGACCAAUCACAGACUGGCCUCUAUGGGCCAUCAUAAGAAUAUGCUUGACAAAGAAUUUUUCACAGAAUAUGGUGAGGCAAGUCAAUAUGAAAUUCAAGAAGUGAUUGGGAAAGGUAGCUAUGGUGUUGUUGCAUCCGCAGUUGAUACUCACACUGGUGAGAAAGUAGCUAUUAAGAAGAUCAAUGAUGUCUUUGAGCAUGUCUCCGAUGCCACAAGAAUUUUAAGAGAAAUUAAGCUCCUUCGGCUGCUACAUCACCCUGAUAUUGUAGAAAUAAAGCAUAUAAUGCUACCCCCUUGCAGACGAGAAUUUAAGGAUAUAUACGUUGUAUUUGAGUUGAUGGAAUCUGACCUUCAUCAAGUUAUAAAGGCAAAUGAUGAUCUCAGUCCCGAGCAUUACCAAUUUUUCUUGUAUCAGCUUCUUCGAGCUCUGAAGUAUAUACAUACAGCAAAUGUUUUCCAUCGAGAUUUAAAGCCAAAAAAUAUACUUGCUAAUUCAGACUGCAAACUGAAAAUUUGUGACUUUGGGCUUGCUCGUGCAGCAUUUAGUGACGCUCCAUCUACCAUUUUUUGGACUGAUUAUGUGGCAACUCGAUGGUACCGUGCUCCUGAACUCUGUGGUUCCUUUUUCUCCAAGUACACCCCUGCUAUUGAUAUCUGGAGCAUAGGGUGCAUAUUUGCAGAAAUGCUAACAGGAAAACCGUUGUUUCCUGGGAAAAAUGUUGUACAUCAAUUGGAUCUCAUUACCGAUUUACUCGGCACUCCUCCUGCUGAAUCUAUUUCAAGGAUUCGGAACGAGAAGGCCAGAAGGUAUUUAAGUAGCAUGAAGAAAAAGAAAUCAGUUCCUCUCUCGCAAAAAAUCCCGAAUGCAGAUCCAUUGGCUCUUCGUUUACUUGAGCGUUUGCUUGCAUUUGAUCCUAGAGAUCGUCUUUCUGCUGUAGAGGCACUAGCAGACCCAUAUUUUCAUGGAUUGGCAAAUGUGAACCAGGAACCAUCUAAACAACCCAUUUCAAAGCUCGAGUUUGAGUUUGAAAGGAGUAAAUUGACAAAAGAUGAUGUAAGAGAGCUAAUUUACAGAGAGAUUUUAGAGUAUCAUCCGAAGAUGCUGCAAGAUUACCUUCAAGGGUCAGAUAAUAUUGGCUUCAUGUAUCCAAGUGGGGUUGAUCGGUUUAGACGACAAUUUGCCCAUCUUGAGGCACACUACAGUAAAGGUGAAAGAAGCACUGCACUUCAAAGGAAGCAUGCUUCGUUACCAAGGGAACGAGUAUGCAUGUCCCAGGAUGAGGCUGCGGAGCAAAAUGGUAAUGCUAAAAAGAGUGCUGCAGCUUCAGUGGGUCGUGCAGCUAUUCACAGCCCUCCAAGGUCCAAGGGGUUUGAAGUAGCAGAAUCUGUUUGUGAAAAUGGAUCAACCAUACCAAAUGGCCUCAGUAAGCCAAACUAUAGUCCCAACAGUCUGUUGAAGAGUGCUAGCAUUAGUGCCUCUAAGUGCGUGGCUGCAAACAGACAGUACUGUGAGGAAGAUAGAACGGCAGAGCGAAACGACGAGAUGAUCAAUGUCGUUGCAUAG